ACGUUGACGUCUGCGUUGUUCUGCUCUUGCUGCUCGUGUUUGCUCGGCUCGUUGCUCGGUGCUCGGUGCGCGUCAGCGAGUCAAGUUCUCCUGAAGAGAGCAGUGUUCGUCUUCUCUACCAUUUGUCGCAUUUGUGUAAAUUCCGGGAGGAGUAGCAGGCCGUGCCGCCAUCUUAGAGAAGGCCUCGUCUGCUGUACUAGACAGAUUGAGUUCAACGCUCAACGAUAAUAAAGUGACAUCGGAAAGUGUCAACGUCGGCUAGGAAAAAGUGCGAUUGUGACUGGUGCUUUAUCUGUUAUCCCGUGUGCUACGAAAGUGUAGGUGGUCGGUGAAUCGGUCUGUCCGCUCGUGUUUGGCUAUACGACACACUACCUACUAUACAUAUGUACCUGACACCGUUCAGGAACGACCCUCGGACACUGGAGUAGGAAGCAAACGAAAAAUAGUGAGUCACUCUGUGUGGGUUAGCCCUAAUUUGAGAAGGCCAGACAACGGGCUGGGAAGGGCUGAGAGCGGGUUGCAAAUUGUCUGCUGGUGAAAUAUGGCGCGGGUUGCAGACAAGGGACAGUAUUGACCUAUUUAUACCUUGGGUGUAGGAAGCUGGUUUUCAAAGACGUCAAAGAACCAGGUAGGUGGGGAACCUCCUGCUCCAGCAAGUCCAAGGCUUUCCACGAGCCAAUUUACGGUAAUUAGUGUCGCUCGCCUUAGUGCGAAAAAAACGAAACCCUGAAGAAACUCGACGUCCGUGGAGCCCUGGCAGGCUGGAGCGCGGCUGGUAAAAUGGGCAAUAAUGCCGCGACUGCGAAUAAGAAGGUGGACGCGGCAGAGAGCGUCAAGGAGUUCCUGGACCAGGCCAAGGAGGAGUUCGAGGAGAAGUGGAAGAAAAAUCCGACCAACACCGCCGCUCUCGACGACUUUGAGAGAAUCAAGACUCUGGGCACCGGCUCCUUCGGUAGGGUCAUGAUAGUGCAACACAAGCCCACCAAGGAGUAUUAUGCCAUGAAAAUACUCGAUAAACAGAAGGUGGUCAAGCUCAAGCAGGUGGAGCAUACGCUCAACGAAAAGCGGAUUCUCCAGGCUAUCAGUUUUCCUUUCCUCGUCUCGUUGCGAUUUCAUUUUAAGGACAACUCGAAUUUGUACAUGGUGCUCGAAUAUGUGCCAGGGGGCGAGAUGUUCAGCCACCUGAGAAAGGUCGGUCGCUUUUCCGAACCUCACUCCAGGUUCUACGCCGCGCAGAUCGUCCUCGCAUUCGAGUACCUUCACUACCUCGACCUCAUCUACAGAGAUCUCAAGCCUGAGAAUCUUCUUAUAGACUCCCAAGGUUACCUCAAGGUCACCGAUUUUGGUUUCGCCAAGAGAGUGAAAGGCAGGACGUGGACCCUGUGUGGAACGCCUGAGUACCUCGCACCUGAGAUCAUUCUUAGCAAGGGUUACAACAAGGCAGUGGACUGGUGGGCGUUGGGGGUCUUAGUGUACGAAAUGGCUGCCGGCUAUCCCCCUUUCUUUGCUGAUCAGCCGAUUCAGAUCUACGAGAAGAUCGUGAGCGGAAAAGUGCGCUUCCCCUCCCACUUUGGCUCCGAUCUCAAGGACCUCCUGCGCAACCUGCUGCAGGUGGACCUCACCAAGAGGUAUGGCAACCUCAAGGCCGGAGUCAACGACAUCAAAGGACACAAGUGGUUCACCAGUACCGACUGGAUAGCAGUCUUCCAGAAGAGAAUCGAGGCCCCGUUUAUACCCAGGUGCAAGGGCCCCGGUGACACUAGCAAUUUCGACGACUACGAGGAGGAGGCACUCAGAAUCUCCUCCACCGAGAAGUGCGCCAAGGAGUUUGCCGAGUUCUGAACGGUCGACCCGAUCGUCGAUUAUGGAUGCUGGUAUGCGAAGAAACCGCGACGCGUCCCGGACGAGCGAACGUCCGCGGGGAGACGGCGUCGACGUCCAAGGCUAAUUUUUACCAGGAAGAAUAUCUUUUCUCCAAAGAGCCGCUCGUCGCUCGACACCAGGGUCACAGGCAGUGGAGACUCUAUGUCCCCUCGGUGCUCCCAAAAUCACAAAUCCUCAAUUGUCCUCAAGUCCCCAAUAAUCCCCGAAUCCUACUCUUCGAUUAAGUGAUAUUCCUGGCUUCGGCUCUGCUCGGCUCUUCCAGGAGGGACGGAGGACGACAACCGAUACUUCCAUACGUGGUACCAUUUACGAGCAUUGGACCAUUUUGCUUUGUUCGCCGAUGUACAAAGUUCGUUAAACGCUAGCUAGUCGCCGCGCCGUAACUAUUCUACUUUAACGAAACACGCGACUACUCCCAAGGACGCGGUGAGUUGUUUCCAGAGUGUACCUUGCGACGAGGCACGUUGUUCGGUACAAGUUUAUAUGGAUGGUGCUGUUGUCGUGAAUUUAUUUGUCAUAGUGCAAUUUAGUAAUCGAGAAUCUAAAUGUCCUGAGCGUCAGCGAGAAUUGGGGCUUUCAACCCUGUCCAAGGAUUGCAAAAAAAAA